GGUGUGACACAAGCAGGGGCACUGUCACUGUUUUCUUCAAACUCAAAAAAACAAGCAGAACUAGAGGUGCAGCAAAAUGGGAAAGAUUGUAGUUGUAACUACAAUUAUUGGCAUCUUACUAGCUAUUUUGGGAGAACGAAUAAUACAUUUAAGAAAAAGAUUAUGGGCUUCCAGAGAAGUAGAGCAAAACCAUCUACCCAACUGUCACUUAAUUAAAGGCAUAGAAUAUGGCUCUGAAGACAUCACCAUUCUCCCAAGUGGACUUGCUUUUAUGAGCUCUGGGUUAAAAUAUCCACACUGUCAAAGCUUUGCUCCUGAUAGUCCAGGGAAGAUCUUUAUUUUGGACCUGGAGGAUGAGAAGCCCAAACCCACUGAGCUGAGGAUAAGUCGAGGGUUUGAUGUGGAUUCAUUUAACCCACAUGGAAUCAGCACGUACAUCGACAAAGAAGAUGACACAGUGUACCUGUUUGUUGUGAAUCGCCUGCAAUUCAGAAUCACAGUGGAGAUCUUUAGAUUUGUUGAGGAGGACUACUCUCUUACUCACCUGAAAACUGUCCAACAUGAACUGCUGCAUAAUGUGAAUGAUAUUGUAGCACUAGGACCGGAGAGCUUUUAUGCCACUAAUGAUCAUUACUUCACGCAACACCAUCUGUGGUCUUUGGAGACUCUCUUUUGCCUGGCUUGGUGUAACGUGGUCUACUAUAGCCCUACAGAAGUAAAGGAGGCUGCAAGUGGGUUCUAUGGAGCAAACGGGAUAAACAUCUCUCCAGACAAAAAGCAUGUCUACAUUUCAGAAUUUUUUGAUAGCGCUGUUCGUGUUAUGGAGAUGAACCAAAAUUACACAUUGACUCCUAUAAAGGCAGUACAUUUGGGAACACUGAUAGAUAAUAUAGAAGUGGAUCCUGAAACUGGAGAUUUGUGGGGAGGAUGUCACCCUAAUGGUUGGAAAUUUAUUAAUUAUAAUCCUGAAGAUCUCCCUGGAUCAGAGGUUAUUCAGAUUAAGAACAUUCACUCUGAGGAACCAAUAGUGACCCAAGUGUAUGCAGACAAUGGUAGCGUCAUUCAGGGAUCCUCUGUUGCCACCGUCUACAAAGGAAAACUCCUUAUCGGCACCGUGUUUCACAAAGCACUUUACUGUGACCUGGAGUAGUCAAUCAAAAUGUAGUUUCUGUAUCUCAUGAUAGGUGUCCAUGGACACCCAUACCCCCUCCAAAAAUACUGUGAAAGUGGGCUUAAUAAUGUUGUAUUUGGUAAAAUUAUGUAAUGCCAUUUAAAAAUAUAAUAUGCACUGGUUUAUGAAGAGGGAGGAAACCUGCACACACUGGAGAUGUUUCUGUGUAUAUGAGUUGUUUUCAUCUGAUUACUUUAAAUUACAGUACAGUUCUAGCAGGGAAAGUGAUGCUUAAAAAAUGAGUUAUAGUAACCUUUGCUGUAACAUUUCUUGUGCGCUGCAGUAUAAUUUUCAUCUUAUGUACUACCGAGUUGAUUUUGUGUUUAGCUGUUGGCCCAUAAGUGUUACAGAACACCAUUUAGUGUUUCCUUUAUGGAAAACUCCCAUGAGAAAGCUAUAUAAAAAAAAAAAAUUAAAAAAAAAAAACAUUACAAACACACUACCAACCAUUGCUGUCUCCUGUGUUAUAUGUAUUGCUAAAAUAUAUUCUUCAACAUAA